GCAGCAGCCUGCAUUAACCCCUGCCAAGCUGAUCAGGAGGGAGGGAGCAGGGUGUGUGUGUUUCUCCUGGUUCAGGAGGGAAUGACACUCUGAGCAUCAGCUUCAUAUACAUUAGUAACCACAUGUCAGCUCCUCACACACUCACCUAGUGCUGCACCACAAACACACAGACAGACGCACAGACAGGAGCAACAGAAUAAGCACAGACAGCUGCAACAGAAUAAACUGUCUGUAGUGAAGGAGAAGGAUCAGUUUUAGCGCAGUACCUGCAAGUCCAGCCAAGAGGAGCCAGUUGCGCUUUCCAUUGCGCUUCUCAGUGACUGAUUUUUACUCUCUUGCCCUCCAGUUCUAAAUCGUGUCACCACCAUGGGAUUAGUCUACUCGACAUCCACAGACACUGGUGAGGCGUCGCUCUGCGUCUUGGCGCACGGGAAUUGGUGACAACUUGUAGCGGAGACCCCGGGCUCGGAGCUGGAUUGCUGGUUUCUAUAUCAGGCUGGGAGUGGGACACAGAUGGGGAGGAGAGAGGAGCAGCCAGAGCAAUGACAGAUGGUGGCAUGUCACAGCCCACAGCUCCUUUUUUGGUUCUAAAGAUCUGAUUCAUUGGGCCGAGAGAAUGGAUCCAGUUCCUCUGCUAAUGGCUUCUUAUCUAGAGCCUGAAUUGAAGGACAUUAAUUUCAGCUCUUUCAAAAAUGCUUUUGACAACAAGACAGAAAUUGAUCCUUCGAUCUCUGGAAUGAGCACCUUUAUCAUCCCUUUAAUCUACCUUUUGGUGUGCGUCAUUGGACUUAGUGGUAACACGUUGGUCAUUUACGUUGUCCUGCGUUACGCCAAGAUGAAGACAGUCACUAACAUUUAUAUCUUGAACCUGGCUGUGGCCGAUGUCUUGUUCAUGUUGGGUUUGCCAUUUCUCGCCACCCAAAAUGCCAUUUCUUAUUGGCCAUUUGGGACUUUUCUGUGCAGACUAGUGAUGACAGUGGAUGGCGUUAACCAGUUUACAAGUAUCUUCUGCCUCACCGUGAUGAGCAUUGACCGGUAUCUGGCUGUGGUUCACCCUAUCAAGUCCACCAAGUGGAGAAGACCUAGAGUAGCGAAACUUAUUAGCGCCACAGUGUGGACUUUCUCCUUCCUAGUGACUUUGCCGGUUAUCAUCUUCUCUGAGGUCCAACCAGAUUACCACACUUGCAACAUCAGCUGGCCAGAUCCAGUAAGUAUCUGGUCUGCAGCCUUCAUCAUCUAUACUUCAGUAUUGGGCUUCUUCGGACCUUUAUCAGUGAUUUGCCUCUGCUACCUUCUCAUUGUCAUUAAAGUAAAGUCCUCAGGUCUUCGUGUUGGUUCCACCCGACGUAGAAGGUCAGAACGCAAGGUGACUAGAAUGGUGGUCAUCAUCGUGGCCGUGUUUGUCUUCUGCUGGCUCCCAUUCUACCUUCUUAAUAUAGUGAACCUGUCUUUCUUUGUGCCAGAGGAACCUGCCUUUGCAGGAGUCUAUUUCUUUGUGGUGGUCCUUUCUUAUGCCAACAGCUGUGCCAACCCUAUCCUUUACGGCUUCCUCUCAGACAAUUUUAAGCAGAGUUUUCAGAAAGUUUUGUGCCUACGCAAAAGCAACGGCAUCAAAGACGCUGACCUGACAGAGAACAGGCAAGAGAAAAGCAGUCGCCUGCAAGAGACCAUGCUGCCGUCACGGAAUUCAGAGUUUAAUGGCCACAUGCAAACUAGCAAGGUCUGAAUUAUUACCCCCUUUGCCUUUUCAAAAACAUGUAAAAAAAGCAAAGAGCACUUGAGGCUUGAAGGGAAAACAAUACCGCUUUUAUGAAAUGGAAAUUGAGACUGAAGCACUGAGAGGAAUCAGGAUGGAAUAUAUUUAAAGAUGAAAGAGUGUAUAUAUUUAAUAUGACCUGGAGAUUAUUCACAGUAUUUCAGUAACUUUCACUUUUGUAGUAAUUUUCUCUGCUACUAUUGAUGUUUUUUGCCUUUCUAUCUUGCCGUCUAUGCAUUAUCACAACUGUCCAAAGAACAAUUUGUGGAGGCUCUGCUGAACCGCACGCAUUCUAUUGCUUUCUUUUUGCCUAAUAAUGUGCAAUUUCUGUCCAAAAUCGGAGCAACACUUUCCAGUUCAUGGUCAGGCUAAUGUCUCCGCUUUCGCAAAAGAUUACAGAUUUUUACACUUGAAAAACAUUUUGCACUUUCACGAGGUGCCGCAUGUCAUGACGCCCAGAUUCUCACUGGCCUUUGUUUAUGUUAAAUACCAGAGGAAUGAAACUGUGCGGUAGUGUGUCUGACAACAAAUCCAUAAAGGACGGGUUAUCAUUCAAAAUCAUUAAGGACAUUGAGGCGUCUCUGACGCAAGGAAGGGGCUUCAAAGAAGAAAUGUUGGAAGACUUUAAAUGAGGAAUGGCUAAGGCCUGCAUGUGAACUGGUAUCCUUGCUUAGCAUGCUCGAAGGGUCUUAGAAUGAUCUAAGGAAUACAAUGAAAUGUAAAGAGUCAUCAGGGUGUAUAGGGGCUACAUUAAGGAGGCCUGAUGUCCUCUUCUAGUAGGGCUCUUGAGGGCCUGCAUGUGAAUUAUCAUCCUUGCUUAGUAUGGAUGAAAGGUCUUAGAAGGAUCCGCAGAAUACAAUGAAAAGUAAAUCAGUCAUCAGUGUGUAUGGGGGGGCUACAUCAAUAUAGGGCCCUGGUAAACAGUAUUUUGCCCUAUGUCCACCCAUGGCAGGACUCAAGAAGGGUUCUAAAGGGGGAACGGUAAAGUAGACAUGUCUGUUUGGUAAUUGUAAUCCAGUACAACAACCUCUUAACGGUUGCAGAGUGGAACAUCCUUAGCCCAUAACGUUCCUAUUCUGUAGCGACCAAUCAGCUUUAAAAGUCGGUUUUAGUCAGUUUGAUUAAAUCAAUUUACUGUUUCGUGUUACAUGUGUUAUAUGUUACGCAUUACCUCCACCCCACCACCACCACUCUCAUCUAGAAGGGGAAAAUGUGCCUAGAGUCAAUUAGUAUGAAAAUCUAUUAAUUCAAUGGCAGGAAAAUGUGUUUUUAUUCACACCUUCAAUCUGAAAAGAAAAUUAAUUAUUUUGCAUCCCCCCCCCCUCAAGGCCCCAUGAAGAGUUGCUUACAUUAAUAGUGACAAGACUCAUUCCCAUAGCAGAAUAUUUGACCUUCAGUUGAUUAAGCCAUUGGCUGAAGAUAUUUUUUAAAAAUGUCCCAGUUCCACAUGCAAGUACAGUAUUACACCAGGGUGGCAGGCAUGUUGGAUCCCCAGCUUUAUAGCUCAGUAGCUAAUGUUGGUCUUUUUACCUGCUAACAGGUUGGUUGGAAAACCCCAUGUUGGAAAAUUCUGCCAUAACCCCCAAUAGUGCAAUAAAGACAGAUGAAUGUAUGUGUUAACAUUAUUUUUUUCACCCUCUUGUCUAAGCGUAUAGAGAAUAGAGUAUUGCAUAACAGAACUCCUGUUGAAGGGCUUCCCUAGCUUAUAGGGGUUUUUUUGCUUGCAGAUUUUGUGUAUAAGACAUGGGUCUGUGGCUGACCAAUUAAUAAAGUUCUUCCUGCAUGAGGAACAGGAAGGGUAAGGCAAAUAGGCGCCCCUUAAAGGGGAUGUAGAAACAGCCGUAACGCCGUCCCACAUCACUCCCUAGUUUUCUAUAGAAGUUGCUGAAAACCAUAAAUAUAGAUGAAAGAAAAUUCAAAUAAUAAGAAUCCUGCUGAUUAAAAACUUCAUUAUAAAUGCAAAAGAAGUGACCAAUGAGAAUUGCUGAUUCCCAGCACCAUGUUAGACAUCUUGUUGUCAUGUUACAUAUACAGAUAAUUAUGUCGUUUUUUCCUUCAUUAUAUUACACUGAACUCAAUCACAGAGAUAAAGGACAGACUUGGGCUUUAAUGAGGUGGUUCACCUUUAAGUAAACUUUUAGUUUGUUUUA